AUGGGGCGUGACUUUUAUAAGAUUCUGGGCGUCAGCAAGGACGCCAAGGAUGAUGAAUUGAAGAAGGCUUACAGGAAGCUGGCCAUGAAAUGGCACCCGGAUAAGAACCCUGGAGAUAAGCAGGCAGCAGCAUCCGAGAAGUUCAAGGAGGUCAGCGAGGCGUACGACACGCUGUCUGACCCUCAGAAGCGGCAAAUAUUUGACACAUAUGGCGAGGAGGGACUGCAGGGCAUGCCCCCUCCCGGCACGGAGGGGGCCGCAGGACCGGGCGGCAUGCCCGGCGGCUUCCCUGGCGGCGUCCCUGCUGGCGGCUUCCCAGGGAUGGGCGUUCGAUUCCAGUCCCCCGUCGCCGGGUUCUCCGAGGAUACGGCCCGACGCAUCUUCGAGGAGUUCAUGGGCGGAGACCUGGGCGGCAUGUUCGGCGGGGGUGGACUGGGCGGAGGAGCUCGCCGCGGACCCUCCUUCCAAGGCUCGCAGGGUGGUGGCCUGGGCCCGGACCUUUUUGGUAGGAGGAGCAGCCGCGGGUUCCAAGGCAUGGGUGACGACAUGGGCGAGGGCCCUGCCCCCAAGACACAGAAGAUUGAGGUGCAGCUGUCGUGCACCUUGGAAGAGCUGUUCAACGGCGCCACCAAGAAGCUCAAGGUCACGCGCAACGUGACCGACGCGGCAGGCAAAACGAGCAAGGUGGAGGAGACUCUGGAGAUCAAGCUGAAGCCCGGGUGGAAGGAGGGGACGAAAGUCACCUUUGAGGGCAAGGGCGACUCCCGCCCCGGCGCCCCGCGCCAGGACCUGGUGUUCGUCAUCAAGCAGCUGCCACAUGCGCGGUUCAGCCGCCACGGCGACGAUCUGCACUGCCCCGUGACGCUGUCGCUGGUGCAGGCGCUCCACCCCGACAGCCUGGACGUGCCCACCCUGGACAAUCGCGUGCUGCGGGUGCGGCCCCGCGACACCGUGGUUCUGCCGGGGUCGCAGAAGGUCAUCCCCAACGAGGGCAUGCCCAAGGCGCGGGAGUGGGGCAAGCGCGGCAGCCUGGUGCUCAAGUACGCCGUCAAGUUCCCGCGCAAGGCCCUGGACGCCACCGAGGCGGCGCAGCUCGCCGCGCUGCUGGAGGGGAAGGAGUGA